AUGGAGGUUUCGGCCUCCCGCUGCUCCAGGUUCCGCAUCGACUCUCUGCUCUCCCUCAGGCCGGCGGGCGCGCUCCUCUCCCGGGCAGACCCUCCGGAGCUCAGCCCGGUCAGCAGCAGCGGCUGCUCGGCGCCUCCUUCCCCGCAAAGAAAGCCGGUUCCACGGCUGGAGUCUGUGUUGCUGCCCGGUCAUCUGCAGCAGUUCCAGCCCCGCACCGUCAGCUCCUCUUUCCUUAUCCGGGACAUCUUAGGGGACUGCCGGCCAUACUCUGAUCCGGAUCUGGUCGACUCUGACCCGGGACAGGUCUACCCUGACCCGGGACAGCCGGAGCUAGAAGCCGAGCCAUUCCAGUCUGGACCGGAAGAAGAUUAUCAGGACAAAAGUCACAGCAGCUUCUCUUCUGACAGUGAAUCCAGAGGUUUUAUUAAGGAGGCCAAUUAA